CAGUGUGCAGACAAUAGCAAAGAUGAAAACCGUAGCAGCAGCUGCUGCCGUGGCGCUGCUGGUGGCGCUGGCGUCGUCACCGACGGACGCGCAGAGGCUGCCGGGAGAGAGUUUGCCUCGCUCCUACAAGGUCACGCUGGCGCCCAAUCUCAACGAGGGGGAAAAUCCGUUCAGAUUUUACGGCUCUACCUUCAUAGAGGUGGAAAUUCUGCGCGACACGACCACACUCACGAUGCACGCAGACGUCAGCAUAGUUAUUUUGUCCGUCAUCUUGAGCAAUGGUACCCUCAUCGGCGCCAGUCAUGAACCGCUGCAGGACGGCAGCAAUUUCCUCGUCAUCACCCUCGAAGAACAGGUUUUUGCCGGUGACCGAUUGACUCUGGUCCUGGAAUUCGUUGGUGAUGUUCGUGAGGGGUUGGCCGGCUUCUACCGCAGCUCGUACAAGCAAGAUGGAGAGACUAGGUGGCUGGGAGUGACCCAGUUCGAGAGGACUGGGGCGCGGAUGGCCAUGCCGUGUUACGACGAGCCGGCCAUCAAGGCGACCUGGGAGUUUACCUUCCGCCCACAGCAAGGCUACAACGUGCUCUUCAACACUCCACUGAUCAACGCCACUGACGACGAAGAUGGAAGACGCACCCUGACCUUCGAGCAGACGCCGGUGAUGAGCGCCUUCCUGCUAGCUUGGGUCGUAUCCGACUUCGUAGGCGUGCAGUCGCCGCUGGAAUCCAAUACGACUGUCUGGACGACCAGGGACACGGCGGCACAGGCAGAGUACCCCAGUGUGAUGGGGCCACGCACCGUCCGCUCCAUGGAGCAGCUGGUGCGUGUUCCGUACAACCACGGCAACCUCACCAAGAUGGACCACGUCGCUGUGCCGGACUUCGCUGCUGGAGCCAUGGAGAACUGGGGGCUGAUCACGUACAGACAGGGGUACCUUCUGGCUCUGGACAACUACACCUCGGAGGCGGCUAAGGAACGGGUGCUGACCGUCAUCCAGCACGAGGUGUCUCAUCAGUGGUUCGGCAACCUGGUCAGCCCCAACUGGUGGUCCGUGCUUUGGCUUAGUGAAGGUUUCGCCACGUUCUUCGAAAGCUUCGGUUCUGCAGUCGUGGAGCCCACCUGGCGAAUCGACGAAGCGUUCGUAGUUACAACCAUGCUUCGCCUAGGAAUUGCCUAUGAUGAAGAUGCUUCAGCACCACCCAUCACCAGCGAGGAUUCUGAUAUCAACAUCUAUUAUAAAGGUGGCUCUAUCAUCAGGAUGAUGCAGAAUUUUAUAGGCACUGAUGCGUUCUACGACGGCCUUCAUAAUUAUCUUUUACAGAACCAGUUCAGCAACGCCACGGAUGACAUCCUGUUCGCGGCGAUGGACGCUGUAGCGUCCUCUUCGGACCUGCCUUCCGACGCGACUGUGUCAUCAGUGAUGCUGCCCUGGGCGCGCCAGGCCGGGUUUCCCAUCAUCACCGUCACCAGGAACUACUCGGACGGCUCUGCUAUCGUCACGCAGAACCGUUGGCUGGUGCCUGCUGAUCCCAACGACGAGACGACGUGGACGGUGCCGGUCACGUACACGUCCAAGUCGGAGGCCGACUUCUCCGCCAGCACGAGACUGUGGCUCACCGACACGACGGCGCGGCUGGACAACGUCGCCGACGCCGCAGCAGACGACUGGGUCAUCUUCAACCUCAACGUCGUUGGGUUUUACCGAGUGCAGUACGACACAGACAACUGGGCUCUGCUAGUGCAGCAGCUCCUGAGCGACCACGAGGUGAUCCCGCCCGUCAACCGCGCUCUGCUGCUGGACGAUGCGAGGGCGCUGGUGCAGUCCGACCUGCUGCCCCUCGAUACGUUUCUCAACCUGACAUCCUACCUAGCCCAGGAGCUGGACUACAUACCCUGGCUGGAAGCCGAAAGCACGCUCAGCUAUCUGUCGUCGAUUAUAGAUGCGGAUGAAUUCGACACUUUGGUGCAGGAGCUGGUCGCAAGCGUGACGAACACGUUGGGCUACGUGGCACAGCCUGGUGAUUCUCACGUCACGCGCGUCCUUCGCGGCAUCGUAUCAUUCCUCGCCUGCACUGCAAAUCAGCCUGCGUGUACCGAGGCAGCCUACAGCCAGUUCCAGCGCUACAUGGCCAAUCCGAAUGACCCAGCCAACUGGGUUGACCCAGAUAUGAAAAGUGUUGUGUACUGCGAAGGUGUGCGCCAGGGUGGUGACGAGGCAUUCCGCUUCUUGCUGCAGCAGUACCGAAACACCAGUGUCAUCUCUGAGAUGAAUGAAAUUGUAACGGCAAUGACAUGCCGGUCUAGUCGUGCAGCUGUCAGACACGUGCUGCAGAUGACUGCAGGUGGCACAGAGGGCAGCAUCCAUCAGAGACACUUACCUAUACUACUGGAGGGAGCACUAAGAAAGCACCAUGGAGAAGCUGUUGCUGCUGCAAUUGAGUUCCUGGUUGACAACCCAAAGGUUCUGCUUUCCCGAUACAUUGACAAGAAGACAAUCAGGAAGCUGCUCACUGACAUCAUCCGUACGACUUGUGACCAACACCUACUUGAUAAAGUAAGCUUGCUGGCAACCUCAAUAGGGAACCAAGAACUGACAUCAGCAGUAUCAUCAAGGCAUACUAGCUUAGUGCAUUGUCAUGCCUUGCAUCAUGCUGCCUCUCAUUGGUUACAGCGCUGGAUACAACAGCGACAGCAUAAUGCUGUUUGAAGAAUAUGACAUACACCUUGCUAUACAAAUCUCAAAUGAUUUACAGUAUAAAAGGAGCUGAGUGCUUCAUGUCUUUAACUGUAUUUUUUUCAUUGUUAUCCAUUCUCAAGAUCCUUUUACCAUUUCCCAAAGUAGCCUGCUGGCAGAUAAAGCUUAUUCAUUGCACAGGAGGGACUUCAUAUUUCAUUAGGAAUGCACAAUUCCAACAAAAACAGACUGCAUGUUUAUACUGUAUCUUUAUACUGUCCCUAAUCUUAAUGCAAAAAUUUGAACAAUUAUUGUAAGGCAUAGCUGCAGAUUCUUGUCUACUUCUUUAAACAGAGUUCAUUCAACUUCACACAGACAUGUGCUUGCCCCACGAUAAUUUUCAAUUUACAUUUUGCACAAUCAUUUAGAUACAUUUUUAGGUUAAGACACAGCUGUAGAUUCUUGUUUAUUCCUUUAACCAGAGAUUAUCAACUUUGCUGGCUAAAACCCAGUCCCACACACUGUUUCUAAAAUGCUGUCUAAACUAUGGAAUCUCUCUCUCCCAAAUGGCCUAACCAUAAAAAUACCCUUCGAUGUGCAUUCCACCCCUCCUGUCACAACGACCUUCAUAUUUUAAAAUUCCAUCAGUCCCUAUCCCUCACAAACCUGAUACCGCAAAAACAUGUCUCCAUGGCAGAGGCUUCCCAGAACCACUUCUAAUCCCUCCACAAGAUACUGGUACUGUGCAAUACUUACCACAUACAUACCAUCUCUGAAAUUGAUACCCUUGCACUCCAACACUGGAGGAGCUUUCCAGACACCACUUUCAUAAACUAUCCAACAUGUUGACAUCUUACUUCCUUCUUGGGGUGCCACUAUGCGUCAACAUUCAUUCUGUUUACAGUGAACCCCUUUCUAACCCUUCAUAGCACCCAGACCCUGCCUAGCUGACCUCUUAAAAUUACCACAUGCUCCACAACUCUCUCCCAAUGCUCCACAAAACCCAGGACCCAAGCAAACCCAAAAACUCUUAUUAUCCUAUCCACCAAAAAAUCCAGUCCCACAGAAGUUUUCAUUCUAUCCAAAGUCCUCACACCUACCAUUAGCCUCACAUCAAAGUUUAACCACAGUAAACUUCACAAAGGCAUGCUUUCAUUCUCCUGAUUACUCCAGUGGAUGCACUUCUUGCUACUAAUCCCUCCAACCAAAGCCAACCUAAUCCCAACAUUGAACUGUGGCUCUUCCAGUUCAUACCACCAUCCAAUCAUGACCCUCUCCCCAUGCUGCUCUCCCAAAUAACCAUCCCCUAGUCAGCUCCCAAGAAUUCCUUACCUCCAACUUGGCCUCACCAUCCUUUCCCAGAACCCUUCCUAAGAACAUUAACCUUUCAGCAGAAGAAAGGACAGCCAUACACAACUUGGAACACAUCCUGACCUAAUCAUCCCACCUGCAGACAGAAGUUCCAUCACUGAUGUAAUGAGUUGCAGGUACUACGUGACAGAAGGUCUCUGCCAACUGUCUGACCACUCCAUCUAUAAGCUCUACCAGAGUGAUCCCAUCCCAGAGGUCCACCAUAACCUCUAGUCCCUACUGAAAUACAUAGACCCUUCCCAGAACCUCUCCCCAAAGUUCAUUGCCCUGAAACCUCCAACAAGACCCCAUACAAGCUCCGCAGAAUCGACAAACCCAAAAAUUCUGUACGUCCCAAUGUAGCUGGCUAUUCUGCUUCCACUAAAAGAAUUUCCGCUCUUGUUGACCAACAUCUCCAACCAACUGCAUGAAACUAGCCUCUCACAUCAAACAUACUAAUCACUUCCUUCACUGACUCUCCACCAUACUCACCCCUUUACCUCCUGGAUCCCUCUUUAUCACUGUUGAUGCCACCUUCCUAUACACCAACAUUCUUCUUGCCCAUGGCCCUAACGCUAUUAAACACUGUCUCUACCAAUGUCCUUCAGAUACCUAACACACCACCUCACUCCUUUUACACCUUAACAACUAUACCCUGACUCACAAUCAUUUUUCCUUUGAAGGGAAGGUAUGCAAACAAAUCUGCAGCACAGCCAUGGGCCUAACUAUGCCAACCUGUGUGUUAGUCUGUUGGUUGGUUUUGGAAUAACCAUGCUGGGAGCAGCCCAACAGCUAACACAAAGCGUAUGAAUCAGUCGGAAAUUUGGGUAAUGAGAGAUAAUUACUACUUGCAGUACUGUAAAUAAAGCAUGGAUUCUCACUGAAACUAAAUUGGUGCCAUGAUCCAUCUUCCUCAUAGCAUAAUAAAAAUGCAACACAUCCUACAAAUACUGAUGUCGAUAAAAAUGAAUAAUGUAUAUAGGAUAAUUUUUCUUACUCUGUCCAUGGAGAUUUUUUAGAAAGUCUGAUUUUCCAGCAGACUUGGUGCUUAACAAAAAGUCAGUUGUUCAAUUAUUAUACAUAUAUAUUUAAUAGAAGUCGCUAUUAGGUUUUACUGACAUCAUUAAUUUAUCUAUAAUUUUCUGUGGUUGCCAAUCAUGCAGUCCAUCCACUAAAUCAUGAUGAUUAGCACAUAUAUAGUUUAACAUGUCUUGCAGCAUGGAAGAAAUUACUGCCUCUUCUU